CGCGGACUGUCCCGGUGGAGGUCCUCCCGCUUAGUUCAAGUGAAACCCACGUGUUGAAAAAUGGCGGACGCAGGAGAAUCAAAGAAAAAGCACAGGAAGAAGAGUGGAGAGGACUUGGGGUCCAUCCAACAAUCUGAAACCUUUCUGAUUCAACCAUCAGAGAAGGCAGCCAAACUAGACACAUCUCAAUGGCCACUGCUGCUCAAGAACUUUGACAAGUUGAAUGUGCGAACAAACCACUACACACCCAUCGCUUCAGGAUGCUCUCCCUUGAAGAGACCAAUUGAAGACUAUGUCAGGAGUGGUGUGAUAAACCUCGACAAGCCCGCCAACCCGUCUUCUCAUGAAGUCGUGGCGUGGAUCAAACGUAUACUGCGUGUGGAAAAGACCGGGCACUCCGGGACGCUGGACCCCAAGGUGACAGGAUGUCUGAUCGUGUGCGUGGAGCGCGCCACCAGGCUAGUGAAGUCUCAGCAGGGUGCAGGGAAGGAGUAUGUCUGUAUAUUCAAACUACACAGUGUCGUGGAGGACCAGAAGAGAGUCAAACAGACAAUUGAAGGCAUGACAGGAGCUCUCUUCCAACGUCCACCGCUCAUCUCUGCUGUCAAGCGUCAGCUGCGUAUCCGCACAGUGUAUGAAUGCAAGAUGUCCGAGUAUGAUGCAGAGAAAGCUAUGGGUAUAUUCUGGGUGAGCUGUGAGGCGGGCACCUACAUCCGAACCAUGUGCGUCCAUCUUGGCCUCUUCCUAGGGGUCGGAGGUCAGAUGCAAGAACUGCGUAGGGUUCGGUCAGGGAUUCAGUCCGAGAAGGAGGGGAUGGUGACGAUGCACGACGUGAUGGAUGCCCAGUGGGCAUACGACCAUCACAAGGAUGAAGAGUAUCUGCGCAGAGUUAUCCGCCCCUUGGAGUCUCUUCUCAUCUCGCACAAGAGAAUCAUCAUGAAAGACACUGCUGUAAAUGCUGUGUGCUACGGUGCAAAAAUCAUGUUGCCAGGUGUACUAAGAUACGACGAUGGUAUUGAAGUCAAUGACGAGAUCGUCAUCAUCACAACUAAAGGAGAGGCCGUAGCUUUAGCCAUUGCUCAAAUGACGACUGCAGUGAUAUCCACAUGUGACCACAACGUUGUGGCCAAGAUCAAGCGGGUUAUCAUGGAGAGGGACACGUACCCUCGCAAGUGGGGCUUGGGGCCAAAGGCCUCCCAAAAGAAGAAAAUGAUUUUAGAUGGCAAACUAGAUAAGUUCGGUAAACCAAAUGAGAAGACGCCCAAGGAUUGGUCCAAGUCAUAUGUAGAUUUCAAUGUUAAGAAGGAAGAAACCUCAAACGGCUCAGGAGAUGCCCCCGACUCAACACCAGCAAAAGCCCCAAAGAGGAAGCACGAUGUCACCAGCAGCAGCAGCUCCGAUGAGGAAGUGGCCACGCCAGCAAAAUCUCAGUCACCAGAAAGUGGUGAGAAGAAGAAAAAGAAGAAGAAGAAGAAAGACAAGAAGCAAGAGGAAGUUGAGGAGCCUUCAUCAGAGAAGAAGAAGAAAAAGAAGAAGAAACAAAAGAAGCAGGAAUCUGACUCGGAUUAAAUCAUUUAGCACAUUGUUCCCAUCAGGAGGGUAUACGACAGAUACCACACAGUAUAUACGAGAUGUAUCCUACAUUGUAUAGGAUAUACAAGAGCCGUGGUACAGGAUGUGUGGAAUGGCAAGAAACUGCAACCUCAACAAUUCCAGCUUGAAGACGACAUGGUUUCAUGUGUGGACGAAGUGAUGGAGAAGCUUGUUUGUGUAAAUAACUGCAACUAUUCAGGGAAGAUACAACAAGCCCCUAGCCCCAGUGCGUCUUUUAUACAAAAUUAUCAGUUCAUUCCUUCUGUUGCAUCAACCUUUAUAUUCCGUCUUUCUUUUGGUUUUGUUCUGUUGUACAAGUCGGAUAUACCUCAAUAUAUCGUGGCAGAUUUUGAACAUCUUCCGUGUUUUGAAGAAUAUGAACACUCUGAAAAUACAUUACAAGGCAUUAUUUGGUAUGCAAGGUCUUGUUUUUUAAUUAAGAUAGUGUUUUUAACAGAUGUAUACAAAGUUGAGCAUUUAUGGUUUGUUUGAUUAGAGAUCUUGGAUACCGACAUGUUGUGUAUGUAUCAUACAGACUAUGUUUUAGUUUAUUGGAAGGAUGGAUUUACCCAAACAUUAAGUAUUGACAAUAAGCACCGAAAACUCAGUGCAAUUAUCAGGAUAAUGCAUUUAUCAAACCUUUAGUUAACUUUUGUUUAGUUUAGAACUCACACAGGUGAUAAAUAGAGAUUGACAUCAAGUAUGGAGGUGAGUUGGUUUGAGUGUUGAUCCUAGUGAUUGUUGAAGCCAUCAAUGUAUGAUCAAGAAAUUAAUCCGAGAUAGAGCAUUAUUUGGAUAGAUCUCUUUUGAUGUUGGAACAUUUCAGAAAUGAGACUAGUGUCGUAAACAUAGUAUGACAUGAACACAUAUAAUAUCCUAUUUAUUUGGAUAGAUUUGUUUUUGGCGUUUCAAAAACAAGAUACACUUCUGGUAGUGUCUUAUCACCGAUCCUAAUUAGGAUAAUUCACUGGCUUCAUGUGUGUGUAGGAUACAGAGUUGUACAGUUGUUAUUGAAUACUUACAGGGGAAAUACCUUGCUAUACUCACCAGAGCAUGGUGCAAAUUAUGGAAGCUAAGAAUGUGCUACUUGGCUGAAGUCAAACAGUAUGUUCAUCAUGUGGGAUAGAUUGCUCCACUAAAUUCAGGCAUGUGGGGCAACUGGUGCCUUGUAUAUUUCUUUUAGUUGGUUGACAAAGCUGGUCUGAAAUAAGAAGAAAAAUGAAAACCCAUUUUUAUUUGACUUUUUUACAAUUACGAGGAAUGACCCCCCAAAAUGGCACCGCUGUUCCUAAGAAACGGUGAAUAAUGCAUAUGAAAAUCUAUAUUCUAAUCCCCCAAAAUGAAAUCAAUUAUAUUUAGGUGUCUUGCCAUGUUAAAUCUUGUUUGCUUUUAUUCAUUGUAACAGCUCUAAUCUGGAAGUUGAAAAUUAUUAUUCUUUUAUCUUUUGCCCAACAGCUUUCAUCAAAUUUUAGGCCAAAAAUGUUGUAAACCAACUAAUAAAAUAUAAUGGCCUAAUAUUUUCCUUCAUGUGAAAAGAACUACUUGCUGUUUUGAUUCAGAUGGAGAACAUUCCUGGAAUACUGUAGUGUCAUUGAUGAAUGAAAUUCAGCAUUUGUUGGUGAUGGUGAUGGUCUCACUGUAACUCUCGUCUCAAUCCUUGCUGUUGGGUACAGUACUCUUCUGUCAUUGUGAGAACUGAGGUAUGCUGUCCACGGAGAUUGAGAGCAAGUCUUGUUUUUAUCUGGUUAAGAACUACCUAUAUAGGAUAUAUUUGUUUGUGUUAAAGUUUUUACCAAAGACAUGAAAUUUUGAAGGACUAACAGAUUAUUGGUAGAACUGUUACAUUGUCACAAGUGACAGAAUUGUUACUCUAUUUCAUAGGUGGUGUAUAACCGUCAAAAUAUUUGUAAGACAAAAUAAUUUAUUAGUUCAACAACAGCUUCAAGAGACUAUGAAAUGUUUUAUUACAAGAUAAACCUGCAAGGCUGCAUGGUAAUUGAUGACUUAAGGUGUUUUGUAAUUUAGAUGCAUUGAACAUUCCCAAUCCAAUAGUUCGAAGUACAUCAGUCAUGGUUGGUUAUGAGCCUCCACACAUGGAUGAAACACAAUGUGGUUACGAACGUUGUGAUAGUGGUAUGAUGGGCAUUUAUUCUGCAUUUCUGUCAUCUUAGCAUUGCUUCAUUUUAUUUUGUAAAACAUAUUUUGUAAAUAAAUCAUCAUGAAUAAAA